UGAGAGGUUCCGUGCAGCGGUUCAACUUUGUAAUCUGUUUUCCUCGCAAAACAGAUUUACUUAAGCAUACAAAUUAGUGAUAAGUUUUGUCCGUGGAAACACAUAGUCCGGAAUAGAAUGAAGAUGUUCAAGUGCCUACUGGUGAUAAGCUGCCUGGCUUCAGUGUCCUUCGCUCACAGUGCAUCCGCGGCGCAUUCGAUCAAUUCGAACACGAUUGACGAUAGCCAUGACCCACAGCAGCAGCAACAGACGCCCCGUUCUGGGUCGUACGUGGACGAGAUUAAGUACCUGUACAAAACGUACAAGGAUUGUGCCAACUCUGAUGUCUCAGCCUGUCUGAAGAUGAAACUGUUCACCAUUCUGGACCGAGUGGCACGAUCACUCAAGGAUUUCAAGAUCUCCGAAGGUGUUAAGUUCGUCCGCGAUCAGGAAGUCCCUAUCGACAGCACACCAGUCAAAACGGAAGCUCAGCUCGAGUUGGAGCUGCCACGUUCGAUGGAUGAAAAGGAACGUUCCUUAAACUCGAUGCUGUUCGAUAAGGUCCUAUCCUUCUUCCAAACCCAUACCCUGCAAGUCAAGUUCCCAUCCAGCGAAGAGAUUAAGCGCUCCAUGGAGGAAGUCCGUGCUGGAGGCGGUGGUCUCGGUGGUGGCGGUGGAUACGGCGGUGGUCUCGGCAACAAGGACAAGAAGAACGGACACUGGAUCAUGAUCCCACUCCUGCUCGGCAGCACCCUGGUCCCACUUGCCUUCGGUGCCCUAGCUUUGCUGGCCGGUAAAGCUUUGAUCGUAUCCAAGCUCGCUCUCGCUCUCGCCUCCAUCAUCGGCAUCAAGAAGCUGAUCUCCAACACCGGUGGCCAUCACGAAUCUGCCCAUGAAGUUGUCGUCUCCGGUGGACAUGGUGGCAGCUGGGGCCGUAUCGGAACACCCCAGGGUCUAGCCUACAACGGUUACGGACACUACGCCCAGUAAGAUCGUCUAGAUUAAGGCGUAUCGAGUGAAUGAAAGAGAUGAAAGCAACACGCUAAGCCAAAGCUUGUGAAGGAAGCUCACAAAAAAAAAACAACACAUCCCGACUCGCCAACACAAACACCCACCCACCAACAUACAGACAGACACACGAACAGUACACACAGCUAGACUCGAGUGUUUCAGGAAAAUGAUGACUGUUGAUUGAAAAAUGGAAAAUCCAAGUUUUUUGUUUUGUUUUUGCGUUACCUCACCUAUUUCUCUCUCUCUACUUCUGUUCUAUGAUCAACCAAAAUGUGAAGGAAUGAAACCGUUCCAGCUCCUGGUU